AAGGGUCGGCCAUAUCGCUUAGUACUUACAUAGUACUAUAUGAAUAGUACUGAGUAGUUUGUCUGUUGUCUGUUGAUCAUUCUGGUGUUGUUGAUGCUGGUGAUGACGAUGGUGACGAUGACGUCGCAACCACGUGCUCGGCCACUGCCCGCCGCCCGCGCAGCUCCAAUUCUCACUCACUCACUCACUCACUCUGCUCUUCUUUCUUCCCUUCUUCUCUAACACUGAUGGCCGUCCCCCACUUAUCAUUAUGCUCACGCGGGGCCUCUGUCUUGCUCUUCAAUGACCGUUCUAUCCGCUACUCGAAACUUUUCUAUAUGAGAAUAUGAGGACGGCCGUCCUCUUUGGCCGCUUCAUUGUGUGUCGUGGUAGAGGCCCGCCGCUUUUGUCCCGCUUUCCCCAUUUAUCUCGACCGCGCUUCGGCCGUCAGCCAAUAUGGUCGCGACAAUCCGGGUCGAGACGUUCAGGAAAUGCCCCUGGAUGUCGGAGGGUACUCCUUGCUGCGCUGGCUCCGGGGGCAUUUUUGAAGCUUGCCGAGGAAGGGAACGGGGAACGCGGCAAGACAAGUGAGAUGCAGAUGCUCGAAGUCUCACGCCGAGAGAUCCAGAAGAAAGUCGACGAGGAAGCAAGGGGUUUGUCGAGGCUCUGGCAAACCUUGGUACUUUACGGGUAUCGCUUCGUAUACGAUCCGAUAGCUACCGGUUUUCGCUUUGUCCACCUGCUCAUUAUUUUCCUGCCUGUCGUGUUCACGGCCCCCAUCUUAUGCCUUGGAGGACAUGGGAAGAAUCGGGAAGCGGUGCCGUUGGGGACCAUUUGGUGGUACAAGUUCCUAGUGCGGUCCAUGGAACGUGCAGGUCCAGCGUUCAUCAAGCUCGGACAAUGGGCAGCAUCACGUACCGACAUCUUUCCUCCCGAUCUGUGUGACAUCAUGUCUUCUCUCCACUCGAAUGCGCCUGCACACUCCUUACGCCAGACCAAGAAGAUCAUAAGUAAGGCCUUCAACAACCUGCCCUUCGAAGAUAUCUUCGAAGAAUUUCAUGAGGAGCCCCUGGGAGUAGGGGCCAUCGCCCAGGUCUAUAAAGCAAAACUGAAACCCAACCUCGCGGGAACAGACGAUGGUGAGUUCGACGGUCAACCGUCCGGUUUACGGGGGAAGGUCCGAAAGAAUGUGGAGGCAUUGGUCAAGAGCAGCCCCCAGCGGGUUCCUUCGUCAUACGUAGCCGUCAAAGUGCUGCAUCCCAAGGUGGAGCGCAUGAUCCAUAGGGACUUGAAGAUCAUGUCCUUCUUUGCCUCGGUGAUCAAUGCCAUUCCUACAAUGCACUGGUUGUCUUUGCCGGACGAAGUCAACCAAUUUGGAGAGAUGAUGAAGCUGCAGCUCGAUUUGAGGAUCGAAGCAGCAAACCUGGUCAUGUUUCGGGAGAAAUUCAGAACCCGGACUACAGCCUGGUUUCCUUAUCCGUACAUAGACUAUUCGACCCGAGAGGUGCUCGUGGAAGAGUUCGCCCAGGGAAUCCCCCUCUCGACCUUCCUUGACGUCGGCGGAGGGGUUUACCAACGAGAAAUCGCCAAUGAGGGCCUGGAUGCAUUCCUUCACAUGCUAUUGAUCGACAACUUUGUCCACGCUGAUUUACACCCAGGAAACAUCAUGGUACGAUUCUAUCAGCCAAGUGAAUUGGACCUGUCUCUCCGCAACAAAAGCCGUGCAUCGGAUGCGCCAACUACAGCCGAGGUUGAUGUCACAGAGUCUGUGCUUGCUCGGCUGCGACCGCAUGCCGGUAAUCGGCGCGAUUGGGAGUCGGUACUUGACCAGUUGAACGCAGAAGGAUAUCGACCACAACUUAUCUUUAUUGAUACCGGACUCGUGACUCAAUUAAACGACCUCAACCGCAAAAAUUUCAUCGAUUUGUUUCGCGCGAUUGCCGAGUUCGAUGGAUACCGAGCGGGUGAGCUUAUGGUUGAGCGCUGCCGCCAGCCAGAAGCUGUGAUUGACCCUCAUUACUUUGCAUUGAGAAUGGAGCACCUGGUCCUGAACGUCAAGUCGCGGACGUUCGCACUGGGCAGCGUCAAAAUUGGCGAUGUUUUGAGUGAGGUGCUGUCCAUGGUCCGAAGUCAUCAUGUUCGGAUGGAAGGGGAUUUCGUCAAUGUCGUCAUCUCCUGUCUUCUUCUCGAAGGUAUUGGCCGGAACUUGGACCCGGAUCUCGAUCUAUUCAAAAGUGCCCUGCCAAUACUGCGAAAACUCGGUUCGAAUGCCACUUCCCUGAGAUCCGUUCGGUCCGGGGAUGUGUCUAUGCUCCGUAUUUGGGUUGGACUUGAAGCGCGUGAACUGCUGCAGAGCAGCAUCGACAGCGUUGAACAGUGCGUCAAAUAUGACUUGCUGUCCCCUAAUAUCUGAAGAGAGAUCGAAUCAGAAGGUCAACAGCAAGUCCUUGGCACUGAUGUACAGAAUCGCGUAAUCUUAUUGAUACUUAGAACAUCGAUAGAAUAUGAACCACGAUGAAUACAAAUCCCGAUGCAACCGCC